AUGUCAACUCCUACACAUGUCUUUCCCGCAAAUUCGCGUCGCCAUAUCCCUUAUCUAUCAUUCCAUAAAUCCCUCAUAAGACAACUGUGUAGACCACAACAGGAUGACUUGGUGAUUCUCGCCAAAGGUCUUGGCCUUCGAAGGAUUGUCUGUGCCUUGUUGAAGACUUACGACAGGAAAGAGGACUUGGUAUUGGUUGUGGGAGCUACACCGGCGGACGAAGCUGGUAUAGGGGAUGAACUAGGUAUAAUGGGUGUAAGGGAUCCAGGAUUUAGAGUAGUAGGAUAUGAGAUGAAUGUCAAAGAAAGAGAAGACAUGUACAGACAUGGUGGUUUGUUUUCGGUUACGAGCAAGAUUUUAGUGAAUGAUUUUCUCAAGGGAACACUGCCUGCGAAACUCAUUACUGGUCUGGUAAUCCUCCAUGCCGAAAGGGUAUCUCAUGGGAGUCAAGAGGAAUUUGCCGUGCGUCUGUAUCGACGUGAGAAUCAGAGCGGAUUCUGUAAAGCAUUCUCAGAUGAACCCGAAAUGUUUGCGCAUGGUAUCUCGCCUAUGAAAGACAUGCUAGUCAAUCUGAACAUGAACAGUGUGAUGAUAUGGCCAAGGUUCAACGAAGAUGUCAAACAAGCCCUGGCCAGUAGAAGAGCAGAUGUCGUCGAGAUGUAUCAACCUAUGACGGAUUUGAUGAGGGAAUGUCAAGAUAGUAUAACGGAAUGUAUGGAAGCUAUGUUGGUGGAAUUGAAGAGGGAUCACUCACUCAACCUUGAUCUCGAAGAUAUCAAUGUCAGAAAUGCUCAAUUCAAGAACUUCGACACUAUCGUUCGAAUGAAGUUGAAACCUGUAUGGCAUAAGGUUGGGGCCAAAACGAAAAUACAUGUGGCUGCCUUGACAGAGCUACGAAACCUACAUACGUGGCUACUGGAAUAUGACUCGGCAACCUUCGCUUCUUACAUCAAUACUUUACAAAGACAACAUUUUCAAGCUGAAAAACUCCCUACAGGACCAGCUAGACAUGUGCAUGAUUGGUUCAACGCCAAGUCAGCCAGUAAGCUAGUUGAGGCUUCCCAGGCUAGAGUGUCAAGACGAGCUCCAGUGAUGGAUAAUGAACAUGAGGAUGGGCCACCAACGAGUGCGAAGAUCAGAGAAGGUACUGAAAGCAUAGCGGAAGGAGUAGAUCCACCCGAAGGAGAGUUUAUGGAUGAAGAAGAGGUUUUGAGAGAAUCGGAGCAAACAGCGAGAAACGUGGAAAUGGCGGUAGAAGAUAGUGAAGAGGAUAUAAUGGAAGUGUUCGCAACGCAAACUCAGACUGUACCACAAUCUCGAGACGAGGACGAGGAUGAGGACAUGGUCGAAGUAGGUGGCAAUGGAGAUGAUGACUCGGAAGAAACACUCAGAGAGGCUACAGGCGAUGCGCCUCCUGUGUUCAGGCCUGUAUUAGUAGGUUUAGAGGAGAGUUUAUCGAAAAGCGUCACGAAGCGGUUAAGAAAAGGUCAAGAAGCAGUCUUGGAAGAACAGCCAAAAUGGAGUCUGUUAGCAAAGGUGUUGAAGGAGAUUGAAGAUACUAUCGCUCGAGUCACUGAAUCGCAUGCCGAUACCCCUGGAACAAACAUUGUCCUGAUCAUGUGCUCAUCGGAUCGAACAUGCCUUCAAUUGCGGCAGUACCUCACAACAAUGCAAAACACUGAUCCCCCCUUCGGUCCUCAUGCAGGAAAGAGAAUGAUGGAAACUCUUUUCUUGUCAAAUUGGCAGCAUGAGAAGAAUGGGGAAAGGCUCUCGGAUCCGAACAAGAUGAGAGGAGAAGAGGGAGAUGAAGUAACAGUAAAAAGAGGCGAAAUGGAAGCAAAAAGACUAGAAGAUGCCAAGCGACGUGCAAAUAAUACUGGAAGAGGAAGAACGCCUGCGUAUAAGAGGAGACGAGUAAGAGGCGGAGCUGCCGCUGCUAUUGCUGCCCCUAGACUGGCUGACAUGGAAAGGGAUCAUAAGGAGACACUGAUGAAGGCUCAGUCUGCUUUUGCUGGUGGAGAUGAAAACAUGGAAGAUCCGCAAAUGCAAUGGGCGUUGGCGGAAUCAUCACGCGGAGCUGGCUCCUCUGGCGCCGCACCCGAUCCUAGUUCUGCACUUUUAGCUCGUUCAGGCGUAGUGGAAGAACAAGAUCUGGAUCCUACAACUUCAUCACUCACUUUUUCUUCCGCAGCAACGUCAAAUCAGCUUGCCGAUAGUUCGGGAUAUGAUUACGGUUUGAUGCCUGAAAAUUUCGAGGACGAAUAUGGACUCUUGGCUCCUGCAGAUACAGUCAUCAUACGUCCUUAUGGUGGCGAAGACGAUGAUAUAUUAUUGCAAGAGCUUAGACCAAGGUUUGUGGUGAUGUAUGAACCUAACUUAGCUUUCAUACGCCGGUUGGAGGUGUACAAAAAUUGUAACCCCGGUUUGGCACUUCGAGUAUAUCAGAUGAUAUACACCAACUCUUUCGAGGAAGACAGGUUCUUGUCCACCAUAACGAGAGAGGCAGAGGCUUUCAAAAAGUUAAUUGAUGAUAGACAGAGCAUGGUCAUUCCUAUCUACAACAACAACCCUCGAGCGCCAAUGAGGGACAAUGUCACUCGGUCAAAAACCACUUAUUCUUCGAGAAAUGCAGGAGGAGGUGAACCAGUGGAAGAUGCUCGUAUCAUAGUGGAUAUCCGAGAGAUGGGUGCUCUUCUACCUUCAUUAAUAGAUGCUGCGGGUAUCAAAGUUAUCCCUUCGACGUUGACAGUUGGAGAUUACAUCUUAACCCCCAAAAUGUGUGUGGAAAGAAAAGCACUUCCGGAUUUGGAAGCGAGUUUCGCCAACGGUCGAUUGCAUACACAAUGUGAAUCCAUGACCGCGCACUACGAAAUCUGCAUUCUGCUUAUUGAGUUUGAGGAAGAUAAAUUUGGUCUAAGAACUCGAGAAGACGCAAGAAGGGAAACAGCCGGUCGAACGCCUGAAAAGGAUGAAUCAUGGCGUGAUACCUUCUAUCUUCAGUCAAAACUUGUUCUGCUCACUUUACAUUUCCCUAAACUUCGGAUCAUAUGGUCCUCGUCACCCCAUGAGUCAGUUCGAGUCCUAUCGGACCUGAAGUUAAAUCAUGAUGAACCUGAUGAGAUCGUGGCGACAUUGAAAGGAUCAACAGAAGGAGAAGCUUCAUUCAAAAGCGGAAUCGAAAAUGCAGCAGCGGUAGAGAUGUUACGAGCUCUACCUGGAGUAAGUGGAAGAAAUUUGAAAUUUGUCAUGAGUAAAGUGGAAUCUAUGAGAGAUCUGGUCAGGAUGAAUAAGAGACAAUUGCGAGAGUUGUUAGGCGAAGAAAAUGGCGAGAAGUGUUGGAAUUUCCUAAACCAUGAUUCCAGAAUGAGGAAUAGAUAA